AUGCCAACAAAUUCAGGCUCUCCCUCACACUUAUACAAUUCUCCUGAAGCUCCACAGCUGCAACAGCGUCAAGUUAAAAGUUCAUCAAGUUCAUCAAUUUUCGUUAACACCAAGUAUACGGACAACAGUUAUCAUCAUGUUCAUCAUCAUCAACAAAUAAGAAAUUGUGAUCGAAAUCCACCAACUCCUCAUUAUAUCAAACAAAAACAAACUAGUUCACCUCGAUUAACACAUAGUAGAAUCGGAAAAGUUGAUACGUAUGAUUCACCUGAUUCACAAGGACAUUCUUAUGCAAUACAUACUGAUACAACAGAACGAUCAAAUAAGAAAAGAAAACAAAGUGGUAAUGAUGCACCAAUGGAAAUUUAUGAUGAUUCACCAGCUUGUUAUCAAUCACGUUCACAUGAUUAUUAUAUUCAAUCAAAUACAAAUACAAAUACAAAUAAAAAUACAAAUUCAAAUUCAAAUACAAAUUCAAAUACACAUUCUAGUACAUCUGCAAUUACAAAUGAAGCACAACGUUUUGCAACAUCUCGUUAUCCAUUUCCUCCUUUUAUUCUUAAAUUCAAUGCUGGAAAAAUUAAUGAUAAAGCAGCUAUUGAAGAAUUAUUAAAUUACAGCCUCAAUAUCAUUGCAUCGUCACCAUCCACAACGUCAUAG